AUGCACUCAGCCAUCCUCACGACAGUGGCCUUCGAUCACUACAUUGCCAUAUGUAACCCUCUGAGAUACACCACCAUCCUCACCAACGCACGAAUCGCUAAGCUAGUGCUAGUGGGUUUAUUCAGAGCUGUUCUCUUUGUUCUGCCCCUGCCCUUGCUCCUGAUCAGGCUGCCAUUCUGUACCAACCGCAUUAUCUCCCAUACGUACUGCGACCAUAUGGCUGUGUUGAAGAUGUCAUGUGGGGACACCACAUUCGACGGGAUUUAUGGCUUGGUGGUAGCAUUUAUAAUAAUCGAGUCAGACCUAAUGCUUAUUGCCCUGUCUUAUGGUCUGAUUAUCAGGACUGUCCUCAGAAUCUCCUCCAAGACAGCCCACCAGAAAGCCCUCAACACCUGCACAGUGCACAUCUGUGUAAUAUCGAUGUCUUAUACUCCCUUCCUAUUCACUGCUCUGACAUACUGGUUCGGUCAGGGCCUCGCUCCCCAUGUUCACAUCAUCUUGGCCAACCUCAACUUCCUUGUCCCCCCCAUGCUCAACCCUAUCAUUUAUGGGCUCAAAACCAAAGAAGUUUGUGACAAAGUGGGCAAAUACACCAGCAGAAGGUGA